AUGGACCCAAUCAAGUACAUCUUAGAAAAACUUGCUCUCAUUGGAUGGAUCGCUUGGUGGCAGGUUCUACCAUCGGAAUUUGACAUUGUUUAUGUCACUCAAAAGGCGAUAAAGGGGAGUGCCUUGGCAGAUUACCUGGCUCAACAGCCCAUCAAUGACUACCAGCCUAUGCAUCCAGAAUUCCUUGAUGAGGUCAUCAUGACCUUCUUUAAGGGGGAAGUAGAGGAUAAAGAUAGGGACAAAUGGAUUAUGUUGGGUUUUGAAUGCACAAACAACAUAGCCGAGUAUAAGGCGUGCGCCCUUGGGAUCCAAGCAACAAUUCACUUCAAGGUCAAGUUGCUCAAGGUCUACAUCAGGAAGUUGAUAGGAUUCUUUGAUGACAUAUCCUUUCAUCACAUUCCUAGAGAGGAGAAUCAGAUGGCCAAUGCCCUUGCCACUCUAGCAUCCAUGUUCCAACUAACCUCGCAUAGGGAUUUGCCGUACAUCAAAUUCAGAUGUUGUGGCAAGCCUACACAUUGUUGCUUGAUAGAAGAAGAGCAAGAUGGUAAACCUUGGUACUUCGAUAUCAAAUGA